AUGGCGGAAAUUACGAAGAUCGAUAAGCUAAAUGGCAAGAAUUAUCAGUCUUGGAAAUACAAUGUCAAGCUAGUUCUUAUGGAACGUGGCCUUUGGGGCUUUACACAAGAAGGCAAAGAAAUACCUCCUGACGAAGAUGCGACAAAUGCUGUAAAGAAUGCUUUCCAGUUGCGAUCAGAUAAAGCCUACUCUCUGAUUGCCUUAAACGUCGAGAAACACUUGCAAAUACACAUUUCGAGUACGACAGAUCCUUUAGCAGCAUGGACGAACUUGCAAAAACAAUUUGAGUUUGUAUCUGUUACCCAAGUCGUGCGUUUGAAUCGUAAAUUCUAUGCAGCCACCAUGGAAGAAGGUGGAGAUCUUAUGAAACACCUGACCUAUAUGACAUCAUUGGCCGAACAACAGCGUGAAAUGGAAGAAGAUAUAUCAUCAAAGAAAUUCGCUACUGUGGUGUUAGGGAGUUUACCCAAAUCGUAUGAUAAUCUCCUCACAAGUUUGAAUGCGAGGAAAGCUGAAGAGUUGGAAUGGGACAAUAUAAAGGGAUUGUUAAUAGAAGAGUAUUUGAAGAGAAAAGAAAAAUUUGAGAAUAACAAGAGUGACAAUGCAUUGCUUACAAACAGGAAGUCAUACAUGAGCAGAGGAAGAAAUUAUGAUCGAAGAAGACAUGGUGAACAUUCUUGAAAUUGGACUCCUGUAGACUACAAGCCAUCAUGGAACACCAAUAAAGGUGGGGAUACAUUGACACCAGUAGCACAACAACAACGUGAUGACGGAAGAGCAAGAAAUAUUUUAUGCUUUAAGUGUAACAAAGCUGGACACAUCGCCAGGAACUGUCCACUCAACAAUAGAAAAGGUGGAAACAAAGGGGAACAUUCGAAGCUUGCGGAAGGUGGUGGAGUAGCACUGAUUUCAAGCACAGGAAAUUCAAAUGAAUGGUAUGUGGAUUCAGCUGCGACAAAGCAUAUGACAAAUCGCAAGGACCUUAUCAUCAACUACACUCAAUACCAAACACCGGUGAAUAUUUAUUUGGGUGACAAUACCUGUAUUAAAGCCCUGGGUGAAGGAAUGGUUAAGCUAUAUACUCAAAAUGACAAUACAUUCUAUUUGGAGUUACACAAAGUAUUGAAUGUGCCGAUGUUAGCAAAAAACCUAUUGUCUGUGCCUGCAAUGGCUUCAAUGGGAGCUAAAGUGUCAUUCGAUGAUGAAAAAUGUGUUGUUUCCAAAGAAGAAAAAGAAUACGUGAUUGGUAAAUUGGUAGAUGGUAUGCUGUAUACUGUUAAUCCAGUUGAAUUUUCCCAUCCUACAACUGAACCCUUGGAUAUGUGGCACCAGAGAUUUGGUCAUCUAAACAAUGGAUAUGUUAAUCAACUGAUGAAGAAUGAUAUGGUCACCGGAAUGAUGUAUGAUGAAAGUAAACAAGUGGAGAAAGAUUGCAAAGGAUGUUCAAUGGGAAAGAUGCAUAAGAAUCCCUUUCCAAAAGCAAGUCUACAUAGGGCAAGCAGACCUUAUGAAAUCAUACAUACUGACAUAUGUGGACCAAUGCAAGUUGAGUCGAUUGGCGGUAGCCGUUAUUUGGUCACAUUUACUGAUGACUAUUCCAGAUAUGCUGUUGCUUACUUUAUUAAGAAGAAAGAUGAAGCACUUACUAAGUUCAAGGAGUUUGUGAAUUAUGUUGAAAAUCAAGAUGGAAAUCAUAAUAAAGUGAAGAUUCUGCGCAGCGACAACGGCGGUGAGUACAGAUCGAACAGUUUCUCCAAAUUCUGUACAGAGAAGGGCAUUGUCCAACAAUUUACUUGUCCUUACACCCCUGAACAAAACGCUGUGGCAGAAAGAAUAAACCGUACGAUUUUAGAAUCUGCAAGAUCCAUGAUAUAUCAUGCAAAUUUGCCCCUAGUCUUUUGGGCUGAAGCGUGCAAUACAGCCGUGUACCUACAUAACCGAAGUCCUACAGUUGCAUUAAAGGACAAAACCCCUCAUGAAUGCCUUUUCGGUGAAAAAACAGAUGUUUCUAAUCUUAAAGUCUUUGGAUGUAUGUGCUAUGUUCAUAUCCCGGACAGUAAUCGUAGAAAAUUAGACCAAAAGUCUUAUGAAGCUAUAUUUGUUGGCUAUCCUACUGGCACAAAAGGAUACAAAGUUUAUGAUGUUAAAAGAAGAAAGUCCAUGAUAAGUCGAGAUGUUCAAUUCUUAGAGAAGAAAUUUCAUAAUUUUGAGAACCCAAAGAAUGACUUUGUGUUCAAGCAGCAAGAGAGAAUUGAAGUUCCGGAUGAUGAAAAACAAACUGUCUCGAGUUAUUUUAUCUAG